AUGGCACUGGGAAGCACAUUUGAUGGUGAAAUUCGAGAAAUACCAGGCGUAUAUGUUGACAACUUCAGCUACAAAGGAGAGGUGUUCUUCCUCACCCAUAGUCACCUGGAUCAUCUAAAGGGCCUAUUGUCAAAUUCGUUUUGCAGUCGCGUGUACUGUUCUCAAUUGACCAAGGAUAUCAUUGCGCUAGAAGGCCGAUAUGGUGACAAAUUGCGGUACUUGCUGGUCAGGGAGUAUAACCAGCCGUUUGAAGUGCAGACAUUUUACCAGACAGUGACGGUGACGAUGUUGGAGACAUAUCAUUGUCCUGGGUCAUCUAUGUUUUUAUUCGAAUGUGCCAAUGGCAUCUCAUGUCUAGCAACUGGCGACAUAAGAGCAGAAGAGUGGUGGGUUUCCUCACUCAUUAAGAAUCGGUAUUUGUUCCCAUAUAUCACAGGGUUAAAGAAGCUCGACCAAAUUUAUCUUGACACCACUUUUUCAUGUCGUGGAGAGCCAUAUAUCUCAAUAAUGCCCAACAGUGAAGGAAUCAUGGCAUUGAUAGAGUUCCUAAAGCUUUACCCGAUUGACAAAUAUAUUGAAUUUAGCUUUAUUGACGCAGUAUCAGGGUCGGAGGAGGUAUGGCUCCAAGUACUCGAUCAUUUUAAUGGUACACUUGAUGCUGAUUCAACAAUAAUUCAACGGCUAAAGUUGCUAAAGUAUGAAGAUAAGGACACGAGUCCAACGUUCAUUGGCCCGAUGAUUUUCAAUGUAGGAAAUUUAUACAAAGACGUCCCCCUUAUGAUUACGAUUAAACAUGCUAUCGACUUUAAUAUAGUGGACUACGCAGGGUUUUGUCUACCAAAAAGACUUUGCGAUGUCGAUGCAUCGAAUCUCACCUUGCUUCGCAUGCUAGACACGGGACAUCAGGUCUAUUCAUACGAGGGGAAUGCAUGGCUUCUACCGUUGGAUGGGGAAGAGCUACUACCCACAAACCUAUUGCUUAUGUUUUCUCGCCAUUCAUCCUACAAAGAGUCAAUCGAGUUUGUAAGACUAUUUAAGCCGAAGCUGGUUUUCCCGUGCGUCGCAUCGAAAACCUCCUGGCUAAAUGGAUUCACAGUGGGUAGAGUUUUUGGCCAUGUUUGCUCAUCAUCAGAUCACUUGUUUGAUGUUGAAAAUUUCAAGAAAUUCGGGCAUCCACCACGCAUAGUGUUUGAGCGUCCAGUAUCAAAAAUAAAUCGUUGGUCGUUUGCCGAAUGCAAAAAGGAAGUUAACUUUGUCAAGGACUUUAUCACCAGGCCAAAGCCAUUCAAGGGCCAGAUGAAGUUGAUAAACAGCCAGGAUUACCAUACAGCUCAUGAGUCAUGGUGUCAGGAUUUCAAAUUACAGUCAAUUAUAGCAGGUAGAGGCGAGGAAAAAUAUAAACGAAUCAUCAAUUAUCAUUUAAAUAAGGACCUAAAUCUAAUUGUUUCCACCGUGCAGGGCCAACGCAAUCACAAAUUUGGGCCAGACACAGAUACUGAGUCAGUAUGCUCCACCGAUUAUGACACGGAUACCCUGAUGUCAACUGAAAACUCCGUGGUUGCUUCCAGUUGUGUAUUUGAAAAGUCCUUUUCAGAAGCCCAACCAACGCCUGCUUGUAACUUUCUAUCACCUGGGCUAAAUCUUCAUAAAAUUGCUGAAAUAUCAGACGCCAUUCGUUCAGAUAGGAGAUCCUGGAACUCCUUUAAGCUCAAAUCGGUCAAACCCAAAACACGUCGAUAG